GGGGUUUACAUGCACCGUAACCGAGAAGCACGCCAGUUUUUUUAUACGAAUACAUACGAAAAAUAAAAGUGCAUAGGGAAACUAAUUAAUCCCCCAAUUAUUUAUUUUUCUUUUUCGGAUGUAAGUAUUUCUGAUAUUCUCAUGGAUGAGCUGCCUAUCAUUAGAAUUCUAAUUUACUCACAUCACAAGAAGAAAAGAAAAGAUGUCUAACAAUGCAGCUGAUGAAAAUAUUUCUGAGCAGUCGCCGCCGCAGUCCCAGGGCUACCCAAAAGUGCCUCUCUCUUACCCUAAACCCGAAGCUGAGUAUCAAGAAAUUGUUCAAAAUUCUCAACUUUUCUGGAACAAACUCCAGCAAUUCUCCGCAUCAUUGCCUACCAAUUUCCAGAUCCCUCUUGUAGCAGGAACACCACUAGAUCUACAUCUUCUUUUUGUUGAGGUUACAUCUCGAGGUGGAAUAGAAAAGGUUAUUAGAGAGCGAAAAUGGGCGGAGGUGAAAGGAAUAUUCAGAUUUCCAUCUUCUGUGACCAGUGCUUCAUUUGUCUUGCGGAAGUACUAUCUAUCCAUGCUUUAUCACUUUGAGCAGGUUUAUUACUUUCGGAAAGAAGAACCCUCUGUUUCUGUGGCUGAUCCUACAAAUAGAAAUGUCAGCGACUCUGCAGCUGAACAUGCUAAUGGUGAUUGUGCUGCUACAAAUCAAUGUUCAGUGAGUUAUAAUCUGGAGGAUGGGAAUUCACUGGUAGGAACAAUUGAUGCAAAGUUUGAUUACGGUUAUGUAAUCACUGUGAACCUGGGCUCAGAGAAUUUAAAUGGUGUACUGUAUCAUGCGCCUGCAUUACCACAUCAAUUCCAAAAGGUUGAUACUUUGGUUAAGUCCUCCCAACGGAUUAGGAAAAGACAGCUGGCUUUGAAGGACCCCUCUCGACCCAAGUCAAAUCGAAGUGGUUAUAAUUUUUUCUUUGCUGAGCAUUAUGCAAGGCUGAAGCCUUCAUAUCAGGGGCAAGAGAGAGCUAUCAGCAAAAGGAUUGGACUUCUUUGGAGUCGACUCACAGGGGCCGAGAAACAGGUUUAUCAGGAAAAAGGUGUGAUAGAUAAGGAAAGAUACAGGGCUGAGAUGCUGGAAUACAAGACAUCCAAUCCACAACCACAGUAGGCUGAUAUUAUGGGUCAUUUUGUUUCACCUUUCUUUCUUGGUUGGGAUCAUCAAUGUUUUCAUAGGCAGGUUUUGACUUUUGAUGAAUUUGUGGAACUGUUGGGCUCUGGCUUUUUUUUUUUUUUUUUUGGGAUUGGAAAGAGACUUUGGAACAGGUUUGGUAGCAAAGAAGUUUCAUCUAAUUUUCCUUUAUGUCAAUAUAAUGCGUUUAUUUCUGUUUCUUUGGAA